AUGGCUAGUUAUACCCGAGGUACUGCAAGUAAAUUUUGGGAAAAAGUGCGUCAACUUUUGACUGUGAAUCCAGAGUCAAAUACGGGCGUUCCCGUUGUAGGAGUAUAUCGCACACCAUCUCCAGGCAUAACAGCUGGUGACCAAGAAGGCUCUAAAGAAUCAACUCCAACGGCAAUGACUAUUCCAGAAAAGCUUGAUUUAAUUGAGACAAUUGCUUCAUCCCCAAUAUUAUAUUCGACGGAGAAGUUACCUCCUGUUCCUCCUAGUCAUCUAUCACAUCGUUGGAAAAAGUCUGAGGACGCAGAUGAUCCAGAUCCAGGUGUUUACUGGCCCAUGAAAAUGGUUUCAUAA